CGGAUGUUGACGACUACAUUGAAAGAGCUACCAGCAUCCGGUUAUUAGCGGUUAGUCGGGGCGAUUGUCAUAAAGGGUCCAGGUUUAUUUGCUUUCUUCCGAACUAAUGGAAACCACUCGAAAUAAGGACGGGUUGUAAGCUCCAGGAGUCGGAUUCCGACCCAAAAACGUUCGAGAUUUCGAAGAAGAAAGAAAAAAAAUUGGCUCCAAAACAACAGCUGGAUGGAAACAAGCAAAGAACUGUCAUCUUGUGGGGAGCGUUAACUGGCGCCGCAAAAGGAUGUCAAUUACAGUUUUCCACUCGUAGAUUUCUAUUAUAGGUUUUUCUAAUUCAUAAUGCGGUCCAAAUUCUUACUCUCGUUGACUUUUAACCCGAUGUCAAAAGAUGUGUGUUUUGGUAUUGGGUCAGCUUGACAGGAUUAUUUAUACACCACAAACCCAAAAGUAGUAAUUAAAUUCUAGAAAGUAGUGUUUUUCCUUUGAGAUUAGAUUUUGGGUUGGGGGUGAACACAGCAUCAGAAAGGUGAAGGUGUUCUUAUGGUUUAUCUGCAUCUUCUUUAAAUGUGUAUCUGUGAUUAAAUUGUGUAGGGUUUGUGCGUAAUAAUCAUGCCAGGGUGUCAGGUGGGUUACGCCGGGUCAAGGUCAGGUUCAGGGUCUGGGUCCGGGUCCGGGUGUAGGCGCAGGUGACCGAGGCAGGCAGGUGUACUGAAUCUGACGGGUAAUAAUUUAGUUUUAAAGAUUAUGUUUACUGUUUAUGAUUCGAUUCGACUCGGAAUAUUGACGGACAAAACAGUCCGGGUUUGAGAACUCCAGAUUCGCAUUCGUGACAUUGUUAUUUAGCAUAAUCUUGCCAUUUAUUUAUUUAUUUAUUUAUGGUGCUGAGCGUUUGUAAAAGUGCUGAGAAGCAGACAUGAGUCCAAACCCACCAUUGUAGGGUGUUAAAGUUAAUAACGGGGAUUUUAGACUCCUUCGUCAGACGACGAUGUCACCUGUUUACCUGCUGCUGAUCCUGAUCGGGUUCUCCGGCCGGCUCUCGCAAAGCAUGAGCAGAGAGGAAAAGCUCAAGCUGAGAAAUCAAGUGCUGGAGAUGUUUGACCACGCUUAUCAGAAUUACAUGGACCACGCCUAUCCAGCAGAUGAGCUGAUGCCUUUAACAUGUCGAGGUCGAGUACGAGGUCUGGAGCCAAGUCGAGGUGAUGUGGAUGAUGCUUUGGGAAAGUUUUCUCUCACCCUCAUUGACACUCUCGACACGCUUGCGCUCUUGAAUAAAAGCAAGGAGUUUGAGGAAGCGGUGAAGCGUGUAGUGAAGGAUGUACGACUGGACAAUGACAUUGUCGUGUCUGUGUUUGAGACCAACAUCCGAGUGCUUGGAGGGCUGCUGGGAGGUCAUGCUAUGGCGGUGAUGUGGAAAGAGAGAGGACAGCACAUGCAGUGGUAUCAGGACGAGCUACUAAACAUGGCUAAAGACCUGGGACUGAGACUUCUGCCUGCUUUCAACACCAGCAGCGGCCUGCCCUACCCCCGAAUCAAUUUGCGUCAUGGGGUUCAGGGUCCUGAGACUCGGACAGGCACAGAGACCGACACCUGCACCGCCUGUGCAGGGACCAUCAUCCUGGAGUUUGCCGCGUUGAGCCGCUAUACCGGAGAUCCCAUAUUCGAGGCCCAUGCACGGAGAGCUCUCGACUUCCUGUGGGAAAAGAGACAGAGGAACAGCAACCUGGUGGGAACAACCAUUAAUAUCCACUCGGGGGAGUGGGUGCGCAGAGACAGUGGUGUAGGAGCUGGGAUCGACUCGUAUUACGAGUACCUGUUGAAGGCGUACGUUCUGCUGGGAGACGACCAGUUACUUCAGCGUUUUAAUAUACAUUACGCGUCUAUAAUGAAGUACAUCAGCCAGCCUCCACUGCUCCUGGACGUACACAUUCACAAACCCCUGCUGCCCGCACGCACUUGGAUGGAUUCCCUGCUUGCGUUCUUCCCCGGCCUGCAGGUUCUGAAAGGAGACAUCCGUCCGGCUAUAGAAACACAUGAAAUGCUGUAUCAGGUUACCAAGAAACACAACUUCCUACCCGAGGCGUUCACUACGGAUUUCAGGGUUCACUGGGCGCAACAUCCACUAAGACCCGAGUUUGCAGAGAGCACCUAUUUCCUUUACAAGGCCACCAGGGACCCGUAUUACCUGGAGGUGGGACGCACCGUUCUGGAAAACCUGAACCGUUUCGCUCGUGUCCCCUGCGGCUUUGCCGCCAUGAAGGAUGUGAGGACAGGAAGCCAUGAGGACCGCAUGGACUCGUUUUUCCUGGCUGAGAUGUUUAAAUAUCUGUUCCUGCUCUUCGCCGAGGAGGUGGAUCUACCCUUCGACGUUGAGGACUACAUCUUUACCACCGAGGCUCACCUUCUCCCCUUAUCACUCUCGAUCACGUCACGCUCACACCCACCCCCUGCAGGCAACUCAACAGUACUGCAUGAGAGGGAUUCGACAGAGUUGGACGACUCAAACUUUGAAUGGACCUGCCCCAACACGCAUCUCCUUUUCCCAGACCCCGCCUACCCACGGAACCUUCGGGAGCCAAUCAGGAGUGCGGUGGACAAGAGUUGUCCCCGCCCUGCUCUCCCUCGAGAGACAGGAGUGGGUCGUGCUCCGCUCCGAGCUCAGGACUUCGUGGCUAAUAAUCUCGAGCACCUGGAGCUGCUGAAGAGGAUGGGGGUCACGCUGAUCCACCUGAAGGACGGCAGAGUGCAGUUGGUUCAGCACGCUGCUCAGGCGGUGAGUGCCGUAGCUGCUGAGGACGGCAUGCGCUUCAUGCAGGAGAUGAUGGAGCUCUCCAGCCAGCAGCAGAGAGAGCAGCUUCCACCUCGCGCGGUACAGAUCAUCUCGCACCCCUUUUUCGGCAGAGUGGUACUGACCGCGGGGCCUGCGCAGUUCGGAACGGACCUUUCCAAGAAAAACUUAGGGGUGCGUGGUUUCGUGGCUCUGGCCGAGCCGUACUCCGGUUGUGCCGAGUUGAGCAACGGCGAGUUCGUGGCCGGCCGCAUCGCUCUGCUGCAGAGGGGACAGUGUAUGUUUGCUGAGAAAGCCAGAAACAUUCAAAAGGCUGGAGCUAUUGGAGGAAUCGUCAUCGACGAUAACGAGGGCAGCAGCAGUGACACGGCGCCGCUCUUCCAGAUGGCAGGAGACGGCAGGAGCAUUGACGACAUCGCUCUGCCGGUCCUCUUCCUGUUCCAUAAGGAAGGGAACAUCCUGCUCGAAGCCCUGAAGGAGCACAAGGAGGUGGAGGUGCUGCUCAGCGAGAAAGCACGAGACAGAGAAGCCAUAUUUAAGGGAAAAGCCCUGCCGGGCACCCUGUUGGAUGGCAGUGGAGACGAAAUGGAAGAAGCUGAGGAGGAGGCGGGCUGCUCUGAAGAUGAACACGGUCACCCCGCCCCCUCUUUAACACCUGACCAAUCACAAUCCACCACUCAGGACCAAGAGGUAGCAGGUGAGGGGACAGAAAAGCAGAAGGAGGGACUUAGCAACGACGUACCUCUGACUGGGGAGGAGGAGCCUGUAGAGGACGACCAAUCGGUGGACUCGUUGAUGGCCGAUUGGCAGGAGGACUUAGAGGCGUUUAAGCAGAUGGAGGAGGAUGAACUUUGACCUCCAGGGACAGGUAGCAGAGCAGAGCCAUAAUAAUUUAAAGGAGUAUAAAAAAGGAGACGCUACAUGCCACACCUUGCGUGCAGGACAGAAGACAAAGGCGUCAUUCUCAGGUGCUUUUUUUGGGAGCAGAAACGCUCGCCUGUGCAAAACGGACAUUCUUUAACGUUCACUUGCAACCAAAACUCAAGACCAAACUGUCUCAUCUCGUCUUGUCUUAUUAUGUCUUAAUGUAUGUCUUUCUUUUUUCAAAUCGCUGGUUAUGAAUCCAUGGUGUUGAGGACGUUAAAUUGAAGUGAUUUGCAGACUGAUCAGAAGCGACCGGAGCUAGUUUACACAGCUAUUACGGUUGUACAUUGAGAAAAAAAAAAUCCGGAUAAAUCUGGAAACGAUUGAAUGAACCCUUUGGAAUGAUUUGACUGUAUGUAUAUAUGUGUUUGAUGUACGUUCGUGUUUUUUUUUGUGUGUUUCCGUCAUUUUUCGAACUUGAGCAUUAAUGAGACCUCGUGUGUGUGUGUGUGUGUUUGUGAGGGAGACAAAAAGGCACAAACUGGAAAGAUACACAACUUGUUGCCGAAACACACCUUCAUCCUCCAGAGGGCGCCAUUUUCAUACCACUCACUGACUGACUACAGGAACCAGGAGCUAAAAAAAUCUUUUUUUUAGAAAUGUGGCGAUAUGAAGAAAUUUGUACUAACAGGUGGAAAUCCGUGCACUGUGUGCAAUAAAUAGUCAAAGGGCGUGAUUGAUUUUACGGGA